AUGGAAGUUCCAUUAUGGAACGUUAGGACUCUGAUGGAGCCAUCCAGAUUGGCGCAGUUGGAGAACGAGAUGGACCGACUGCCGAUCGCAAUUGCUGGCAUCAGCGAGAUGAGAUGGAGUGGGAAGGGAGCAACAACAACAUCACAAAGUAAUCUAGUGUUGCAUAGCGGAAGCAGUGAUGGUGGACGAAAUGGAGUAGGGAUUUAUGUGUCGAGGAAAUUUAAACAGACACUUAUCUCCUGGAACCCCCCCGUCUCUGACAGAAUCAUCACCGCCAGAUUCCGAUGCAACGCCAGGCACAUCACCAUCGUGCAAUGCUAUGCCCCAACAGAAGACGCCAGCGAUGACAUCAAAGACGACUUCUACAACGCACUCAUCUCAUCUCUCAACAAGGUCAUAAGAGGCGACAUCAAGAUUCUCAUGGGUGACUUCAAUGCGAAAGUCGGCCCCAACAACACCGGAUUGGAAUCAACCAUGGGCCGGCAUGGUAUCGCCAGUUCGGCAAGUGUGGUCAGAGCGUUGAACCCACUUGAAUCCAUCGCUAGCGACAGAUGGACCGAAGCUGAGGAGAAGUUACUAGAAAUGUACUGA